AUGAAACGGAUGGACUUAGAGAAGCACUUAUCAGAAUCGGAAUCAAGUCUAUUUGUCCCGAAAAUUGAUCGUGUAUUACUUGACCUUGUAAUAAAAGAGAAAAAGAAGACUAGGAAGCGAGAAGAAGCAGAACGGAAACGACGAUAUUUAAUAGAAAAGCAGAGGAAAGAACAUACCAAAGAAGCUCACGAGUUUAUUGAGAAUACAAAUAUACUCAGACAGAAGUGUGAAAUAUUAAAAGAAGACUAUGACAAGAUGAACCAAAUUGUUAAACUCCUUAUUCUUAAUGUCAAUUGCAAAAAGUGUUUGAUGAAGAAUAAAACAGAGAAGGUAUGUAGACAUCCUGAUAACUUAUUUGAGAGGAACACAGAUGAAAAGAUGACUGGUUUUAUUUCUAAAAAUUAUUGA